AGCUGCUGUGCUACUACCCCUGCCACUUGCUGCUGUUUCCAGAACCAAAACCUAUUGCCCUCGUAUCCCUUCUCGUUGCUUUGUGCUUGAUCUCCCCCCUCUCUCUGUAUUGUGCUACAGUUGCUCUUCAAUUUGAAAUCAGAAACAUCGAUUGGGUCUUUCUCUUAUCUGUUCUUCUUUUUUACUGUUGAUUAGGGCUUCAAUUUUCGGAUCUUAAUUCCAUCCACAAGACUAGCAAGAUUAAAAAUGGAUGAUACAAUGAAGCAAUUUCAAGAAAAGCUGAUUGAGAUUGAGGCCGAAGCAGAGGCUCUUCUACUUGCAAGGCACCAGUUAGUUGAGAAUGAUAGAAUGAGAAAUGGGAACAGGGAAGCAUUGACUGCACUAAGAAAGAGAAGCCGGACUACAAAAACAAGUGUUCCUUCACCUUAUGAGUUCGUGAUGAAGGAAAUUGAUCAAUCGAGGCCUCUAGUGAAGGAGAUCUGUGCAACUUGUGGGAAUCAUGACUCUAAGGAAAAGACAUGGAUGAUGUUCCCUGGAACUGAUAUAUUUGCUCGGGUUCCAUUUCACGCUGCUCAUACCAUUUUGGAGAAAGAUCAAACCAGGCUAGACUAUGAUGUUAAUAAACUACAAAGUAUUGUAAAGGAGAAGUCUUUUUGGAUAUCAGAACAAGGUGUUCUUGCUGACAAGAUUGGUCCAGGGGUUUUGAAGUCACUGGUGACCUUACACGACAAACCAAAGUGACUUUGUUGACUCGACAACCAUAUCCUGGAGAAAACAACCAAGUGAAGCAGGUAUCGCUAAAGCUGUUUUUAUUCCCAUUAGAAUUUUAUAUCAAUCAUUGAAAACAUCGAAGAAAACACUUUGUGUAUAUCGACAAAUUGGAUAUUCACACAACCAUGCAUAUUUGGAAGACUAGAAUUCCCAAGGUGAAGUUCAAGAGGCAUAACCGAUGCUAUUGGCAGUGAACCAAGGAGAUUUAGGACAAAUGAUUAAAACGACACUCUAGGUUUGGUUUUACGCCAACGGCCACAAAAAAACUGCUUUGCAAUUGAAUCCACUUGGGUUCGGCUAGAAAUGUAGAAAAGGCAGUCUUAAGGUUUGGAUCUGGUCUUAAUUUCUGAAUGGUUAAAACUGGUCAUCUAUAGCCUUGGGCAACUAAGUCAUUUUGAAACAGUUGAGUCCUUGUUCGUAUUUGGCUACUAAUAAAUUUUUCAUCAUGAUUUCUGUA